AUGGCCGACCUCAACCUCCAAGAAAUCCACGAUGCUCUCGUCGCCAUCGCUUACGAGGCUGGCAAGAUGAUCCUGGCCGCCAACCCCUCCGACAUCGACCAGGGCACAAAACUCAACUCCGUCGAUAUCGUCACCGAGGCCGAUCAGGCCGUCGAGAAGAUGGUCUCCACCCGCCUCCGCGAGGCCUACCCCUCCGUGGCCUUUAUGGGCGAGGAGACGUACAAGCCCGGCACCCGCGUCGGCCCCGAGCCCACCUUCAUCGUGGACCCCAUCGACGGCACCACCAACUUUGUCCACUCGUUCCCCGCCGCCUGCAUCUCCCUCGGACUCGCCGUCGAUCGCGUGCCGGAGAUUGGCGUCAUCUACAACCCCUUUCUCGACCAGCUCUUCACGGCCAUCCGCGGCCACGGCGCCUUCCUCCGCCGCCGCGGGCCCGACAGCCAGCCGCAGCGCCUGCCCCUCUCGCGCAACCCCCAGCCCCUGACCGGUCUCGGCAGCGCCCUCGUCGCCGUCGAGUGGGGCUCUACGCGCGACGGGCCCAACUUUGAGGCCAAGGUCGCCACCUUCCGCAACCUGGCCGCGAGCCGCGACGACGGCGGCGCCAUGGCCCACUCGCUGCGCAGCGUCGGCAGCGCCGCCCUGCAGCUGGCCCACGUCGCCGCCGGCCAGACCGACGUCUACUGGGAGGGCGGCUGCUGGGCCUGGGACGUGUGCGCCGGCUGGUGCCUCCUGACCGAGGCCGGCGGCAUCAUGGCCAGCGGCAACCCGGGCAACUGGGAGCCCGAGCUCGAUGGCAGGCUGUAUCUGGCCGUGCGGGGUGCGCCGAGCGGACAGAGGGAGCUUGUCGAGGAGUUCUGGGCCGCCAUGGGCGACCACCGCAUGGACUACUCUGUCUGA